UAAAUAAAUCCCCUUCGGGGGCUCAUUUUAUCGCCAACCCUCGUAAGAAAACAUUAGCUAAAUUACACUUCCUUUGGUUUUUUUUUUCUUUUCCUACAAAGCAAAGAAAAUGAAGCUUGUCUUUGUGACAUUCCUGCUUGUUUCUCUUAUUCUAAGCUCCUCUCUCUUCGAGGUGUCAAUGGCAGGUUUCUGCAAUUCCAAGUGUAAGAUAAGGUGCUCAAAGGCAGGGAUUAGAGCUAGAUGCUUGAAGUACUGUGGAAUUUGCUGUGCGAAAUGCAAAUGUGUUCCAUCAGGGACAUAUGGGAACAAGCAUGAAUGCCCUUGUUACAGGGACCUGAAGAACUCCAAGGGCAAGCCCAAGUGCCCUUAGAUUCUUUUUGCUUUAUAUUUUGUAUUUCAAUCACUUUUCCUAAACAUCAGGACCCAUUUAAGGUUUCCAUUAGGCUAUUUAAUUAAGGUUUAUUUAAGUCAAGUUUUUACCUAGUAUAUGUUAAUGAAAAAAAUAUGGGUCCUUUCAUGGUUUAUAAUUAUGUUGCCUCAUUUUAUUUUAUCUAAUUUUCAUGUACUAUGUUACUCGAGUUUGAUGACCUCUUUGUUGAGCAUUAUAUUGGAUAUUUGUUAUUCGGAUAUAACAGAAAAUAUUAAGUUAAAAA